UGCGUCCAGUGCCUGAGUCUGGGAGCUUGGUGACUGGUGGACUGACAUCUGGGCGCUGGCUGAGCUAGGCCACUCGGGUCUGGGGCAUGGGUGGGGCUGGACAGCUCCCCUGGAACACGGCUCUAAUCAACCUAGGGAGAGAUAAAUAACCUCUCUGAUCCCCACACCUGCCCCUCAGUGCCAGUCCUAAGGGCCAGACUCCAUGGACCAGCCAGAGGACUUCCAGUCCGGCGCGGAGUUCCGUGCCGCCACAGCCCGAGAGCUGCUCCAGCGCGCGCUGGAGAACCUGAGCCAGGAGCACCUGAAGCGCUUCCGCCACAAGCUGCGGGACGCGCCGCAGGAUGGCCGCAGCAUCCCGUGGGGGCGGCUGCAGGGCGCGGACGCGUUGAACCUCGUGGAGGAGCUGAUCCAAUUCUACGGGCCGGAGCCUGCGCUGGACGUGACCCGAAAGACUCUGAAGAGGGCUGACAUCCGCGACGUGGCGGAGCAGCUCAAGGAGGACCGGCUGAAGCGGCUCGGCCCCAGCUCCUCCUCGCUGCUCUCCGUGUCCGAGUACAAGAAGAAGUACAGAGAGCACGUCCUGCAGCAGCAUGCCAAGGUGAAGGAGAGGAACGCGCGCUCCGUGAAGAUCAACAAGCGCUUCACCAAACUGCUCAUCGCGCGCGAAGGCGCCGCGUCGGUGGACGGGGCGCUGGGGCCCGCGGACGAGCGGGAGGCGCAGCGCGCGCGGCGCUCCGACACGCACACCUUCAACCGCCUGUUCGGCCGCGACGGAGAGGGCCAGCGGCCUCUGACGGUGCUGCUGCAGGGCCCGGCGGGCAUCGGCAAGACCAUGGCGGCCAAGAAAAUCCUGUACGACUGGGCGGCGGGCAAGCUGUACCACGGCCAGGUGGACUUCGCCUUCUUCCUGCCCUGCCGCGAGCUGCUGGAGCGCCCGGGCACGUGCAGCCUGGCCGGCCUGAUCCUCGACCAGUGCCCGGGUCGCAGCGCCCCCGUGCAGCUCCUGCUCGCCCGCGCCGAGCGCCUGCUCUUUAUCCUGGACGGCGCGGACGAGCUGCCCCCGCCCGCGCCCGCCGACGCGGCGCCCUGCACCGACCCCUUCGAGGAGGCGGAGGGCGCGCGCGUGCUGAGCGGGCUGAUGGGCAAGACGCUGCUGCCCGGGGCCCGCCUGCUGGUGACCGCCCGCGCCACGGCCCCCGGGAGGCUGCAGAGCCGCCUGUGCUCGCCGCAGUGCGCCGAGGUGUGCGGCUUCUCCGACAAAGACAAGAAGAAGUACUUCCACAAGUUCUUCCGGGAGGAGUGGCUGGCGGAGCAGGCCUACCGCUCGGUGAAGGAGAACGAGACGCUGUUCGCGCUGUGCUUCGUGCCCUUCGUGUGCUGGAUCGUGUGCACGGUUCUGCGCCAGCAGCUCGACCUCGGCCAGGACCUGUCGCGCACCUCCAAGACCACCACGUCCGUGUACCUGUUCUUCGUCGCCAGCUUCCUGAGCUCGGCGCCCGCCGCCGACGGGCCCCAGGUGCAGGGCGAGCUGCGGAAGCUGUGCCGCCUGGCCCGCGAAGGCCUCCUCGGGCACAGGGCGCAGUUCGCGGAGAAGGACCUGGAAAGACUGCAACUUCGCGGCUCUAAAAUCCAGAGGCUGUUUCUCAGCAAGAAAGAGCUGCCGGGCGUGCUGGAAACCGAGGUCACCUACCAGUUCAUGGACCAGAGCUUCCAGGAAUUCUUCGCCGCGCUGUCAUACCUGCUGGAUGACAAGGGAGACCGGGCACCGGCUGACAGCGUCGGGGCGCUUCUGCGGGGCAACGCCGAGCUGCGCGGCCACCUCGCGCUCACCACGCGCUUCCUCUUCGGGCUGCUGAACACAGAGCGGAUGCGCGACGUCGAGCGCCACUUCGGCUGCGUGGUUUCAGAGCGCGUGAAGCAGGACGUCCUGCGGUGGGUGCAGGACCAGGGCCACCAGAGGGCGGCACCGGAGGGGACCCAAGAGAGGGAAGCGCCGGAGGGCAGGGAGGAGCUGGAAGAGGACGAGGGCGAGCUCAACUACGUGCUGGAGCUGCUGUACUGCCUGUACGAGACUCAGGAGGGCGCCUUUGUGAGCCAGGCCCUGCGUGGCCUCCCUGAGCUGGCGCUGGAGCGGGUGUGCUUAAGCCGCAUGGAUGUGGUGGUCCUGACCUACUGCAUAAGGUGCUGCCCCGAGGGGCAGGCCCUGCGGCUGGUUAGCUGUGGACUGGCCCCCGCACACGAGAAGAAAAAGAAGAAGAACCUGAUGAAACGACUGCAUGGCAGCCUGGGCGGAAGCUCUUCACAAGCCACCAUGAAAAAAACCCAGGCCUCUCCACUACGCUCGCUCUUUGAGGCCAUGACUGACCAACACUGCGGUCUGAGCAGCCUGACGCUGUGCCGCUGCAAACUGUCUGACUCUGUCUGCCGAGACCUCUCUGAGGCCCUGCGGGCGGCCCCCGCCCUGACUGAGCUGGGCCUCCUGCAAAACGGGCUCAGUGAGGCCGGCCUGCGUGUGCUGAGUGAGGGCCUGGCCUGGCCCCAGUGCCGGGUGCGGAAGCUCAGGGUGCAGCAGCCCACCCUCCAGGAGGCGCUUCAUUACCUCAUCGGCGCGCUCAGCCAGAGCUCCGCGUUGACCGCCCUGGAUCUAAGUGACUGCCAGCUGCCGGAACCCGUGGUGACCUACCUGUGUAGAGUCCUACAGCAGUCAGGAUGCCGCCUACAGACCCUCAGCCCUGACCUCAGCUUCCCCAACCGACUCCCACUUCUGUCCAUACACAUGGCCGCAGUCUGACCUCUGUGAAGCUGAGUGCGCAGUCGCUGCAGGAGCUGCGGGAGGUGAAGAAGGCAAAGCCGGGUCUGGUCAUCACACACCCACUGCUGGAAAGUCACCCCUAAGCCUCCCACGGGAUUCAACUGUGUCCUCUGAGGCCCUGAAUGCCAGGGGGUGGACUCUGGUCAGCCCUGUGGAAUAGAUGUCCUCAUCCCAAGGGCAGGAGGAUGUUGCUCUCUGCUCCGGGCCGCCCUUUUGAGCCUGAGGGGCCCUGGGCAGGCAGGUGAGAGGCAAGGACACACAUGGUCCCUUACCUGGUCGGGGACAGGUGUCCCAGGCCAUGCCUCUCCCCCCAUACCCUGGGCACAGGUUCUGUCUCUGUUCUCUACACCCAGGGAGCCCUCUUGCCCCAACCCCCCCACCAACUGCUCCACCCACCUACCUCUCCUGGGGCCCCCUAGCCAUCACCCUGCAGAUACCCCCGGCAACAAUAAUGCUGACAGCUCCCAGUCAUCAAGUCUCUGCCACGUAUUGGCCUUGACCUGGUGUGCUCAGUGCAGAGCAACUCCUUCACUGAUCCCAUCCCCAUCUGCACUGUGGGCCUCACAGCCCCACAACUCUGCCCUUGGCCACAAGGGAUCAAGCAGAGGCUGACCCCUGACCAAAGGCAGGCAGGUCACUAUUCCUCCCCAGGAACUUGGGUCUUGGCAUCGGAAGUGAAGCCAUCCCCGAGGCUGUGUGGUGCCAGCCCAGUGGUGUCCAUUCACUGCCUAGGUCUUCAGAGAUGGAGACCAGGGGAGGGGGGAGCCCACAGCAGACUGGACUCCAGGUAGGAGCUGUGGUGGAAGGGGCAGCAAGCAGCCUGUCCCCACGUCCAUGUGCUGAUAAUACAUUCUCCUUUGGA